AUGUCAGCAGCGUUCUGGGAAACAGCCUCCAAGGAGUUACCGGACAAAAUCAACUCAUCCUUUUGGGUGGGUGGAGUUCUCGACAGUGACACCGUCGAAGAUCUUCACCUGUCUGACUCUCUUCUCACCCAAGAAGUUUCUGAUCUCCACAAACUUUUGGCCGUCGGUCUCAACAACGUUGACGUUGAUUGGGAAAUGCGCAUAGACGUAUCUCAUCUUGUACUUGUAACCCUUGGUGACACCGGUGAUCAAGUUGGCAAUCAAGGACUUGACAGUUCUCAAAGCAGCAACAUGCUUUCUGUCACCGUUGUGGACGGUGAUCUUGAUAGCUCUGUCGGAAAUCUUGGUGAAGGCAACGUCAAUGUGCUUCAACUCCUUGGUCAAUUCACCUCUUGGGCCGGUGACCUUGACGGAUCUGGCCUUGAUGUUGACGGUGACGCCAGCUGGAAUGUCCAAGAUUUGGUCGGUUUGGAUGUACUUCAUUGCGGAUGA